AUGAUGGCAUUUGCACCUCCAAAAAACAGAGAUGGUCCCAAAAUGCAGACAAAGAUGAGUACCUGGACACCCCUAAACCAUCAGCUUUUGAAUGACAAGGUAUUUGAAGAAAGAAGAGCUCUGCUUGGAAAAUGGUUUGACAAAUGGACGGACACUCAGAGGAGAAGAAUCCUGACAAGCCUGUUAGAACGCUGCUCCCUGUCACAGCAAAAGUUCUGCUGUCGAAAGCUUCAGGAGAAAAUUCCAGCAGAAGCUCUGGAUUUUACUACUAAGCUCCCAAGGGUGUUAUCUUUAUAUAUCUUUUCUUUCCUGGACCCCCGAAGCCUUUGUCGUUGUGCACAGGUGAGCUGGCAUUGGAAGAAUUUAACUGAACUGGAUCAGCUCUGGAUGCUAAAAUGUUUACGGUUUAACUGGUACAUCAAUUUCUCCCCAACCCCCUAUGAGCAGGGUGUAUGGAAGAAGCAUUAUAUUCAAAUGGUGAAAGAACUCCAUGUUACCAAGCCCAAGACACCUCCAAAAGAUGGGUUUGUGAUCGCGGAUGUUCAACCCAUUAGAAGCAGUUCUCCAGGGGGAAAGCUGUCUCCUUCAUCUGCUUUCCGAUCCUCUUCCUCUUUAAGAAAGAAGAACCACCCAGGGGAGAAAGAACUCCCACCCUGGAGGUCUUCUGACAAGCAUCCAACUGAUAUCAUUCGCUUCAAUUACCUGGACAACUGUGACCCUAUUGAACACAGCUGGCAAGGGAGAAGGAAAAGACAGGAAAUGACUCCAGCUUUCAACCGACAGUCACGUGAUAAGAAAAAUAAAUCACAGGAGAGAUCUAAACUAAGAAAAGCACAGUCGCUGAGUUCCUUAAAUGCAGAACCCAGUGCCUCCCUGCACGUUCCAGCUCACCUUGCUUGGCUUCCUCACCAGCCACUGGGCCUCCCAGCCACUGAAGCAGCAACAAAAACUCUCACACAGCAUCUCCAGAGGCUCUCUGGACUUCAGUCAUCACCCCAGGCCUUCCAGCAGCAGCUGAUGUGA